GGGGAAGAAAGCGCCAAUUCGAUGCGUCUCUCUGCUCCCUCCCCCGACAAGAUGGCGGUAACUGCUUUGUUUCUGGUUCUUCGCCGAGUAAUGGAUCUGUGAUCUGGGGAGGCGGGGGAGGAGCGGGCCGGCCGGGAAGGGAACAGUCCCCUGCACUGUAGGAGGAGGCUGGUGGUGGUCGGGUCCUAGCGCUGUGUUCCCGCCGCGCGGCUUGUUAUUUAGCUCCGGCUUAGAGGCCUCGCCUCCUUCUGAGGGGAUUUUCACUUGUCUGUAUUUUCUCCUCGUCAUCCCCUCCCCCUCUUACAGGAUCCCCGGGGAAUGGACGGGCAUCGGUGAACGAGAGGCCGAGAGACGAGCCGGGCCUUGGAGAGAAAUGACAGCAGAGCCCAUGAGUAAAAACAAGUUGAAUACAUUGGUGCAGAAGCUACAUGAAUUUUUAGCUCACUCCUCUGAAGAAUCUGAGGACACAACUUCUCCUACAAGAGAAUCUGAAGGCAAGAGUGCAGUCAGAUCAAAGUCCAAUUAUAGAUUGCAUUCAAUGGAGAACAUGGAGGAGGGAAGUUCUUCUGAAAAAGCCAAAUUUACGGGAACACCUCGCUCGAAAAGGAAACCCAUUUUUGUAACCAAGUAUGUGGAAUCUGAUGAAGAACCAAAACCUGAAGAAAUUAUACUUGAUGUGUCCAAUGAAAACUCAGAUCCUGAAGUUGAUAUGGAAAGCUUACCUUUAGGUACUAUAGUUGUGCAACCAGAGCCAGUUCUAAAUGAAGACAAAGAUGAUUUUAAAGGACCAGAAUUCCGAAAUCGAACUAAAGUCAAACCCGAUCUACCCCUACCCAAGAAACGGCCAGAGGAAGGACUCCAUGGGAUUGUCUCUUGCACAGCUUGUGGACAACAAGUAAAUCACUUUCAGAAAGACUCCAUUUGCAGACAUCCUGCUCUCAAAGUCCUCAUUUGUAAGAAUUGCUUUAAAUAUUACAUGAGUGAUGACAUCAAUCGAGAUGCCGAUGGAAUGGAUGAGCAGUGUCGUUGGUGUGCUGAAGGAGGAAAUCUUAUCUGCUGUGAUUUUUGCCACAAUGCCUUCUGCAAAAAAUGCAUCCUCCGAAAUCUUGGUCGUAAAGAAUUGUCUGCUAUAAUGGAUGAAGAAAGCAAAUGGCAUUGCUACAUGUGUGAAUCUGAUCCUCUGUUGGACUUGGUAGCUGCAUGUGACAGUGUUUUUGAGAACUUGGAACAGUUGUUACAAAAUAAGAAGAAAAUGAAAGUAGAAAACGACAAGAGUAAGCCUCAUGACCAAACUCUAAAAAGCCUAAGUUGUAAUGGACAGGACAAACAAAAGGAUAAUUCACGUUCUUGUGCAAUAAACUAUUCAUUCAAAGCCUUGAUGGUUCCAAAAGAAAUGUUAAAAAAGACUAAAAGAAUAAUCGAGACAACAACCAACUUAAACUCCAGUUUUGUAAAAUUUCUGAAGCAGGAGUCUGAAAAUGUCGAUUCUAACCGCAGUGUUCGAAUUCGUCAGUUAAAGGCAUUUAAGUCAGUUUUGGAGGACCUUAAAAAGGCACACCAGGCUUUAGAGGAAAGUUUGGCCAAAGAGAUGGCUUGUGAUUUUGGUAAAAAAACUAAGAAAAACAGAGAUGUUAGUGAGAAUCGGCAGCCAAAAGAGAGACACAAUGACAAAAGUAGUGAACCUCGGAAAGAGUCAACCAGUGUGUGUGAAAAUGAAAAAGUAAAAAAUGACCGCAAAGAGAAGCAUGGGAAGUCUAGAAAUAGAGAUGUAGAUAAAAGGGUUAGUUUAGCUCAGGCUCCAAAUGGAGAGCAAGUCGAUACUUUAAAUGUAAGUGUUGAAGAAAAGGAGGAUAUUGGUGACAUUCUGGAAUCUUCAAUACAUGAGGGAGAGGACCUAGAAGAUAUGGACACAGAGGAUGGUGAUGUUCAGCUGGUCAAAGAAGGUACAGUGCAAAAGCGGAAUGAGAAUCACACUGACACUGUAUUAGAUGAGCAACCUCAAGAGGAUUCCCAUGUUGAGGGUGAGUCUGAUUCUGAAGAAGUACAAAUUAAAUGUGAGAAAAAUCGAGAGAAGCUGAAGACAAACGUAAAGCCAAAGCGUAGUAUAAUGGACAGCAAAAAAAGAAAUACAGAGAAAAGUAAGAAAGAGCAACAGUCGAGUGCUGAAUCCGAAAAUGAUGCUGAGAAGAUGGCUUCUAAUAGGACAUCAUCCAGGCUAGCAAAGUCUCGUUCACCUAUGAAGAAGCAAAAAAAUGAUCAGCAAGAAUUUGAGCCCAAUGCUGCUGAAGCACUGGACAUGGACAUUGUUUCAGUCCCUACUUCUGUUCCAGAAGAUAUAUUUGACAGUCUGGAUGCCUCACUGGAAGCACAAAAUGCAUUGAGCGAUUCUGGGUUAAAAACACCAAGUAAGAAACAUGGUAAGGAACCAAAGGCGGCCAUUAAAAAAGAGCUGAUUCUGAAGUUGACUCCUGUAACUGUUUCACCAUCUAAGAAUCUGGACUUGAAUGAGGACUCUAAAGCUGAGGCUUCUGAACAUGGAUCUGAUGCUGACAAACCACGGAGUCCCAGCUAUGUUUCUGCUAAUGAGCACUCAUCCGAGAAUGAAGAUUCCAAGUUAAGAAAGUCUCCUCGUGUGAAAACCACACCCAAAAGACGCCAGACUGAGACAAAGACCUCAUCAAAUACAGAGGAGGAAAGUAAUGAUACAGACAAGGAGAGAAAAAAGAAAAAGCAGUCCUCUAAAAAGAAAGAAAAUAAGACAAAACCUGCUUCUUCAGACUCUGGCAAGAGUUCAAAAAGAAAAUCCGAUAAGGAAAAAUUAGAUUCCAACAAGCAUGGAAGUGGAUCGGAAUCUGAUGAAGUCCCUGAAAUUCUUAAAAUGGCAGCUUUGAUGAGCAAUUCAUCCUCCGAUCAUGAAAGCUGCGGUGAAACCAAGAAUUCGAAGAAAGCUGUUAAAGGAGAUAGUCCAAAGACUGAUGGAAAGCGCAAAAGAAAGAGUUCAAGCUCUGGUCCUGAAGCUGUUAAGAAGGUGACUAGAAACUCGACAGCAAAAAAACGCCGCUCGAACCACUCUGACUCGUCAAACUAUGACUCUGAACUAGAGAAGAAAAUGAGAAAAGCAGGAAACGUGGAGGCUGUCAAGAAGGGUAAAAAGAAAACUGUCAAGAGUGAGGAAGAGAGUGGGCCUUCCACAGAGGAAACCGAAAGCAAGAAACCCAAGAGGAGCAAGACGAAGAGCACAGCUCCGAAGGAUAAGGCAUCUACAUCAUCUUCUGACUUGUCUGAAGACGGUCACAAUAUAAGUCACAAUUCUGAUGAUGGCAGUGAAGAUGAGCAAAAGAUAAAGCCUAUAGUGGAGAAUGAAGUCCUGUCAGCAGUUGGGUUUGCUCAGUCUUCAGGUGAUGAAGCAGGAACAAAAUCUGGUACUCGUGAUGAGGAGGAUGAGGACGAAGAUGAUGACGAUGAUCCUGAGAAUAGGAUUGCUAAGAAAAUGCUUCUUGAGGAAAUAAAAGCCAAUAUGUCAUCUGAUGAUGAAGUAUCUUCUGAUGAGGAGCCCGAGGAUGGCAAAAAGAAAAAAGCCAAAUCUGAAAAAGUAGAGGAUGAGGAUAAUGAUGAAGAAAAUGAGGAAAGUUCGGACUCUGAUACUGACUCUGAAUCUGCAAAGAAGCCCCGCUACAGACAUCGUUUGCUGCGUCACAAGCUGUCUCUGAGUGAAGCAGAAUCUGAAGGGGAGAAGUCGGAGAAAGAGAAAAAAGAUAAAUCCAAGAGUUCAAAGGAUGGCACGCGUCGGAGCAGAAGAAAAGUGAGCAGUGACGAGUCUGCAAGUGGGGCAUCUGGAGUUAGUGAGGAAGUCAGUGACAGUGACUCUGAUGAUCAGCGUCCCAGAACAAGGGCAGCAAAGAAGGAAGCAGAGGAGAAUCAACGAAGCUACAAACAGAAGAAAAAGAGGAGAAGAAUAAAAGUUCAAGAGGACUCUAGUGAUUCUAAGGGUAAUUCAGAAGAUGGAGAUGAUGAUGAUGAAGAUGGCGAUGAUGAUGAUGAUGAUUCAGACUCUAAAUCUCCAGGAAAGGGUCGGAAGAAAAUCCGUAAAAUUUUAAAAGUUGACAAGUUGAGAACGGAAACUCAAAAUGCUUUGAAAAUGGAAGAAGAGAGGAGAAGGAGAAUUGCUGAGAGAGAGAGAGAACGGGAGAAACUGAGAGAGGUUAUUAUUGUGGAAGAUGCAUCACCAGUUAAAUGUCCAAUUACCACAAAACUUGUUUUAGAUGAAGAUGAAGAAACAAAAGAACCCUUGGUACAGGUCCACAAGAACUUGGUGACGAAACUAAAACCCCAUCAGGUUGAUGGUGUCCAGUUUAUGUGGGAUUGUUGCUGUGAAUCUAUGAAGAAAAUCAAGAAAGAGAAAGGCUCUGGGUGUAUUCUGGCUCACUGUAUGGGUCUUGGAAAGACAUUGCAGGUGGUAUCAUUUCUUCACACUGUACUUCUGAGUGAAAGGAUGGACUUUUCCACAGCUCUGGUGGUGUGUCCUUUAAAUACAGUUUUGAAUUGGACGAAUGAGUUUGAAAAAUGGCAGUAUGGCCUUGAUGAUGAUGAAGCUUUAGAGGUUUGUGAACUAGCCACUAUCAAGCGUCCACAAGAGCGGGGAUUGAUACUACAACGAUGGCAUGAUAAUGGAGGAGUGUUGAUUAUUGGCUAUGAGAUGUAUCGAAACCUCACUCAAGGAAGGAACGUGAAGAGCAAAAAGCUCAAGGAGAUGUACCUGAAGACCCUUGUUGAUCCUGGCCCAGACUUCGUGAUAUGUGAUGAAGGCCAUAUUCUUAAAAACGAAGCAUCUGCUGUUUCUAAGGCUUUGAAUUCCAUAAGGACAAAAAGACGGAUAAUCUUGACUGGAACCCCACUUCAGAACAAUUUGGUGGAAUAUCACUGCAUGGUUAACUUCAUCAAGGAAAACCUGCUUGGCUCUAUCAAAGAAUUUCGGAACCGCUUCAUAAAUCCUAUACAGAACGGGCAGUGUGCGGACUCCACCAUGGUGGAUGUCAGAGUGAUGAAGAAACGGGCUCACAUUCUGUAUGAAAUGUUAGCAGGUUGUGUACAGAGAAGAGACUACACGGCUCUGACCAAGUUUUUACCACCGAAGUAUGAAUACGUCUUAUCUGUUCGGAUGACUCCUGUUCAGUGCAAGCUCUAUCGCUUUUAUUUGGACAAUAUGGCUGGUGGUGGUGGUGGCGUUGGUGGUGAGGGAGGCACACGAGGCAAAUCUGGAACCAAGCUUUUCCAGGACUUUCAAGUUUUAAGUAGGAUCUGGACUCACCCUUGGUGCUUGCAGCUGGACUAUAUUAGUAAAGAAAAUAAGGGUUACUUCGAUGAGGACAGCAUGGAAGAGUUUAUAGCGUCUGACUCGGAUGAAUCCUCAAUGUCCCUCAGUUCGGAAGCCUCAGUAAAGAAAAAGUCAAAGGGUAAAGGCAAGAAGGAGAGCAGUUCAAGUGCAGAGGAAAGCGAUAACGACGUUGAAGUUAUUAAGGUGUGGAACUCGAGGUCUCGUGGUGGGAACGGAAAAGACUCCAAAGUAGAGGAUACUUCAAAUACUUCUGCAGUUGUUAAACCAGAAGAAAGCAUUGGCAUUGGCAAAGCCACUCCCUCCACCCCAGGUAGCCCGGCUCCUGACUGGUACAAAGAUUUUGUAACCGACGCUGAUGCAGAGAUCUUGGAACAUUCUGGCAAAAUAACACUUUUGUUCGAUAUUCUUCGCAUGGCAGAAGAACUUGGUGAAAAAGUUUUAGUUUUCAGUCAGUCUCUUAUAUCCUUGGAUCUGAUUGAGGAUUUCUUGGAAUUGGCAAGCGUAGAUCCAUCAGAAGAAGGAGCAGAAUCCAAACCAGUGAUUUACAAAGGUGAAGGAAAAUGGUUUAGAAACAUUGAUUACUACCGAUUAGAUGGUUCAACCAGUGCUCAAACACGGAAGAAAUGGGCUGAGGAGUUUAAUGAUGUGACCAAUGUGAGGGGGCGUCUGUUCCUGAUUUCUACAAAGGCCGGAUCCCUUGGUAUAAAUCUUGUGGCUGCUAAUCGCGUCAUCAUCUUUGAUGCUUCAUGGAAUCCAUCAUAUGAUGUCCAGAGUAUCUUCAGGGUAUAUCGAUUUGGGCAGACGAAAGCCGUCUUUGUGUACAGGUUUUUGGCACAGGGUACCAUGGAAGAGAAAAUCUAUGAUCGACAGGUCACCAAGCAGUCCCUGUCCUUUAGGGUAAUUGACCAGCAGCAGAUAGAACGUCACUUUACUAUGAAUGAGCUCACAGAGCUUUACACCUUUGAGCCAGACCUAAUAGAUGACCCAGAAAAUUCUGAAAAGAAGAAAAAGAGAGAAAUCCCAAAGCUGCCAAAGGACACCGUUCUUGCAGAAUUGUUGCAGAUCAGGAAGGAACAGAUUGUGACUUACCAUGAGCAUGAUUCUCUUCUGGACCACAAAGAGGAAGAGGCUUUAACUGAGGAGGAGAGGAAGGCAGCUUGGGACGAGUAUGAAGCUGAGAAGAAGGGUUUGACCAGUCGUUUCAACGUGGCAGCUGCAACUGGGAUUAAUUACUCUCAAAUUAAUUUUGGUGCUACUCAGUCGCCUUAUAUGCCCCUGAAUUUAGGAGCAUUGUCUUCACUGACUAAUCCACAACUGGAGGAUCUUAUUAACCAAGGCCGUGAAAAAGUGGUAGAGGCUACGAAUAGUAUAGCAUCUGCAAGGAUCCAACCUCUGGAUGACAUUAUUGCUACAGUGUGGAAAGAAAAUCCAAGCUUGUCAGAAUCCCAGGUCCAGUCUUUAUCUUUAAGCAGACAGUCAAGCCAAGAACUGGAAAUAAAGAGACGAGAGGCCAUUUACAAUGAUGUUCUGGCCAAACAGCAAAUGCUCAUUAGCUGUGUCCAGCGAAUACUGAUGGGCCGAAGAUUACAGCAGCAGUACAAUCAGCAGCAGCAGCAACAGCAGCUCGCCUUCCAGCAGCACGCGGCAUUGAACCGCCUGAUGAUGCAGAAGCCUGGAAACAUUAUUGUCAACCCUGCUAACUUUCCACAAAUUGACCUGCGAGGAAUGUAUCAAGCCGGUAUGCAGAACCACCCAAUGCAGCAGAGAGCACCAACUCCCAACAGAAGCAAGACUGCUGGACCUUCCCAAGCAAAAAAAAUGUGAUGAUAUUGCACUAAGACCUCUACUGGAUUGUUUCAAUGAGAGAGACAUUCUUUACUUUCCCCAUUUGACUAGGAAUCUAAGGCUUGACAUACUGUAGAAAACAUUCAAUCUGAAAUGGUAUGGUGUGUUCCCUUUUCGAAUGACAAACUGUACCGUUGUUAAGCUUUGCAGUUUGAUUGGCUCUCUGUUUUUGUUAAGGGCCACAGGGGACAUAGACAUUUGUUUGCUGACCUGUUGCAGAAGAGACCUGUUUUCAGUGAAAGCAUGCCUUCUGUAUCCACACCAGUUACUUACCAUGGCAACAAAGCCAAUCUCAUAGCAAAACAUCAGUCUUUAGUAGCCGGUGCCCCUUAUAUGCAGCUCAGUGCAUCACCAGUACUGUACAUUUCUAGGGCAUUAUACAAUGAUGGUUUUCAAAUCAGAUUACUGGUUUUCUACCAGAAAUGGGAAGCCCGUCAGUACUGCUGCUGUCGCUGAGCUACAUAUCUAGGGGUUAUGGGCCACAUCAUGCAAGAGGUAGCUCAACAAUGUAGAGGGAAUAGGUACCCCCCCCCAUCAAUCACACAACUUCUGAAUGGUCCGAUAUGGACAACCCAGUUUUGACUUCAGAGAUUUCUAGGCUUCAGAGAACUUUGAGAAUUCCAGAAAAGCUAAUAUAUCUAGACACUUGGUUCAUGUUGAGGCUCCUGUUGUGUAUUAUGUAAGGCUAUACGUUUCAUUGUUGUUUCAGCAUCCCUGUGCCUUUGUAAAUAUGUUUUUUUCUUCUUCCCUUUUUCAUAGUGCUAUUCAAAAUAGGUGUUUACAUUAAACAUUUUGCUUUUUAAUUUCCUUUUCUGCCCUUGUACUGCGCCACAAAGUGUUAGAAUUCUCUCAUGUUCUCACAGUCGGUUGAAUUUGCACAGCAUUUAGUUCUUGUAUCUUUAGCACAUUUGUCGUGCGCACUCUCAUCUUGUGACCUUUAAGAAAUAAACCACCUAAAUAUCCUAUUGAACUGUGGCUCUGGAUUAGCCCUUCCAAUGUACGGAUGUUUGAAUACUAUGUUGGGAUACCUGGACCAAUUGGAGAGAUUUUCAUUUAUUAAUCUUUUUAAAAAAAAAAAAAUUGUUUCCUUUUAUUACAUAGGUGGGUGAAGAAUCAGAAUUCCGGAUUGCGUUUAAUGAUUGUUUUCUUGCCAUUGUUGCAAUUUACGCAACACAUUCAGGAACGCCAUCAUUUGGUUUCGUCCUGGGCAGCCUGAAGGAAAUAAGCCAUUUUAGUAAAAACAGACAUUUGCUAGCUGUACCGAAGUCAUCUCGGUGCUUAUGUCAAGGAAUGGCAUUGAUUCCACUCUAUUGAUGGUGGACUGUUUCCUUCUACCAAGGACUAAACAAAUUUAGGCACCAAGCCUUUGGGGGGCUCUGUUUAAUUGCUGGCCUUUGUAUGCAAAUGCAGACUUUUUUCCUUUGUUCUAACUUGAAAGCCCUUUUAAACUUUUGUGGCAUCUCUACAGAUUUCUUUUUAGUAUUUCAUGACCAGUCAUUGAAUAUGGAUUAACAAGCCAUGGCCACACGGAAGUAGUCAAACCAUUUCUGCUGAAGUUCACUUCUCUCCACUUUCAUGUGAAAAUAAAGAUGCUUAUGCCACUGAAUAGUGUCAACUAUCAUAGCACAGAAAUCAAGCAAUGUAGCUAUGGGACAGAGUGUCAGCUUCCAUAAUGCACUAGUCAUUAUAUAGGGAAGCUGCAAAGCUAGCCACUAUGAUUCCAAAAAGAAAGGCUCACGAGAUACAAUUUUACAAUACUUUCUAUAUUUUUGUUAUGUAAAUGUUUCAUUAGUUUUCCAUAUACGUAGUGAAAGUCAGUACUUAAUUGAGUUCAUGAUCUGGCUAACAAAUACAAUGUUCAGAUGUUUAAGACAAAUAAUGUAUGUGCUUUCUAACUGCUUUAAAUGUCUUGUAAUAAGAUUUUUUUUUAUUUUUACCUAAAUGUAAAAAAGAGAAAAUGCAAUUGCUCUUUAUUAAAGCAAAAAAAGUGUAUUUGCCUUUUUGAAGUAACAGCUUUUUACUUUGGUCACAAAUACGUCUUGGUAGAUCAGCAGCGGCCUUGGACUUCGUACUAACACGACUCUUGGUUGUGAUAAAUGCAGCAAGUUUGGUGAAGAGGACUUGCGUCAUGGACCACUCACACCAGUUGUCAGUAGACAUUUUAGCUGCACAUGCUGUCUGCGUUAAGUAGAGCAUCAAGCUUUAACGGAUAUUCACAGACUUAACCUUAGAAAGACGUGGAAGGCUCCUUUUUUACGUUCUUGGCGUUUUAACUAGCUGCACUACCUUUAAGCACAGUUAAAACAGAAUUGCUUGUAUUACAGUUUUGACUGCUAAAUUCUCCACAUUUUGAUGCUGUUACUUUGGAUGUAAAGCGUUUGGUAUUUGUGAUAUUGUAUAUGUAUGUCUCAGUUGUAUAGUAGUUUCAGUCCAUCUAAUCCGCUUUGGCCGCUGAAAUCAUAAGCUGUGGAAAUUUGCCUUUUUUUUCCUUCCUGCUCUUUUGAUUUUGAUAUUAAGUACUGUAGAAGUACCAUAGAAGCGUUACUUCUUCCGACAGCGCAAGUUUUUCAUUUGUUUGUAAAAUACUGAAGGACUGAAAUUGUGUUUUUAAUGAGCGAGCAUUGAAAAAUGGAAAUAUCUUGUGUUUUCACCAUUUAAAGUGCUGUUUAGUAGUUAAAAAAAAAAUAUAUUUAAUAUCUCAUUUAAUAAAGUGACCAAAACCGUU